ACGAGACACAGGUCCCGCCAGUUUCGGCACGCCAUGGCGUGCCUUCGGGCAGCGCCAGUGAGAGGGCAUCGAGCUAUGGUCCCAGCGAGCUCGAGCUGGAGGCCACGACAAGCUGCAAUUCGACCGCAUAAGGAGCGGUGCCUGGGCCUGGCCUUUUUCGCGGCCCUCAGGCUGAGGAAGCAGAUCAGGCGAGCCUGCCGUGUUUCGAUCGCCGGCGAGGACUUGAAUGUCACGGAGAGCCGCUUCUGCCAUGGCUGGUCUAUCUCGCAGCUGCGGGAGGGCUACAGAUACUGCGCGGAUGACAUUCUGUGCGCCUACCUUGCCUGCAAAGCCGCACCGGAGGCAAAGCGAAUGCUGGACCUCGGCUCCGGCAUUGGCACCAUCGGCUUGGCCUGGCUUGCGCAGAACCCGGGGGCCGCCUGUAGCAUGCUGGAGGCCCAGGAGGUGAGCGUGGCCCUGUGCCGCAGGACGCUGAGGCAGUGCCAGGUGGAAGACGUCGUUGACUUGAGGCAUGGUGACCUCAGAGAUCAGUCCGUGCUGCAUGUCCGGCGCAGAGAGAAAACCAAGGCCCUGGGCAAGAAUUUCGACGUGGUCACUGCCAACCCGCCAUACUUCACCAGCACCUGCGGCAACCUGCCAAAGAACCAGCAGAAGGCCCACUGUCGCCACGAGCUGCGCGGUGGUGUCUUGCAGUUCUGCUCAGCUGCAGCUCACACGAUGGCACCCGGUGCUAGCUUUUGCCUAAUCCACGCCACUCCGCGAAUGUCCGACGUGCUGGCGGCGCUGGAGAGGUGCCGAUUUGCCAUCCGGCGGAGGGUGGAUGUGCUGUGGCGGGGGAACUGCAAGAGUGUGGCGCUCGUGUGCUCGCUGGGCGAGCCAAAGGGCCAACCGGCCGCAGAGACGCUUCAGGUGCAGGAGCCGGAUGGGCGAUGGUCGCCCGCCUACCUGGAUAUUUGUGCUGAGAUGGGCUUGUGACACGAGGCCCGCUUGUACUUAAGCCCGGCCAAAGUUUGCCAGGACAGUUUGUGGA